AUGUCAGACCUGGAUAAUGUUUUGGUUACUAUAAAUGAUUCUCUGCGGGGAACAUUAGAAUCUUUGGAAAAACUGCAGACUGUUUACAGAUCGGAAGGUGAAGAUAAUGAAACCAAAACAAAGACUAUAAAGUCCCAGUUUUGGAAGAAUAAUGAAGAUAAUCACAAAGUUUCCUUAUUAUCGCUAAAAAAUGCCAGCAUGAUGGCUUACGUGAACUCGCUAUUACUGGUAAUUGGACAAAAACUUGAUAAAAAUUGUACAGAUCCUUCGGCGUCCGAAUCACGUAAGAUGUCUAUUCAACAUCGUGUUGUACUUGAGCGUGGUGUCAAGCCUUUAGAAAAGAAACUUUCGUAUCAACUGGAUAAAUUGACCCGGGCAUACACAAGAAUGGAGAAGGAAUACUUAGAGGCAGAAAAAGUAGCAAUAGAGAGAUCACAGUAUAAUAGCCAAUUUGGUAGAAACGAGGAAGAGGAUGAAGAUGACUCUAGUGACGAAGACAUGUCUCACAGGCCCAAUCUUUCCGGCGUUAUGCAAAAUAGACAGUCUUCCAAACAAAGAAGUGUUGCGGAAGUCGACACGAACGAGGAAGAACAGGAGGAUGAAAAUAAAGAUAGCAUAUAUAGACCACCUAAGAUCAGUGCAGUAUUGCCCCCCCAGCGUUCGAGUCAUUUUGAAGACAAAUUCAAUGCACAAGAGCAUAAGGAUCGCAGUGGCAAAUCACGUAUGCAAGCGAUGGAAGAAUAUAUUAGGGAGAGUUCUGAAAAGCCAGAUUGGGAAGCAUCCAUUGGUACAAAUAUUGUUAAUCAUGGUAAAGGUGGUAUUAAGUCACUGAGAGAUACGGAAAGAGAAAAUAAAGUGGCACAAUAUGAAGAAGAAAAUUUCACAAGACUGAACGUUGGAACAAGCAAAAUAGAUAAAAGAAGGCAGAAAGAAAGAGAAAGGAUGGCGCAUGUUAAUAUGAUCGGUGGUGAAGAUUUUAGUAUUUUCAACUCAAAACGAAAACUCCAGGAUAGCACUUCAAGAAAAAGUAACAAGAAACCACAUAAUGCAUGGGAUAGAGCCAAGAAUAGACUUUAA